UUUGUGGUGCAUUUUGGGAGAAAGGAGAAAGACGCCAUUUUGCUUGAUGGAGUAAGAAAUCAGUCUUAGCAAUUAGACAGUUUCUAGGGAAUCUGAAAUAUUACCACAAGUUUAGGUUGAAACGAUUCAUUAUAUACUUUUACGUUUCAACAAGGCAUCUGAACGUUUCGAUAAGCAAUUGUUUUAAGUUAGUUGUAAGGUUUUCUGCGGUGAUAAUGGGUCGCUCCCGCAGUCGCAGCUCGUCCCGCUCCAAACACACAAAGAGCAGCAAACACAGCAAAAAGCGCUCCAGGUCUCGGUCUAGGGACAAGGAGAGGGUCAAGAAGCGAUCGAAAUCCAAAGAAGCCAAGAGGAGCCGGCGGAGAGAGUCUCGCUCCCGGUCCCGCUCCACCACUGCCGCGACACGCAAGGAGAGGGAGCGGGAGAGAGAGAGGGAGAGGGAGAGGGAAAGGGAGAAGGAGAAACAGGAGAGGGAGAAGGAAAGGGAGAGGGAGAGAGAACGGGAACGAGCUGCUACUCCGCCCGAGAGACUCGACAUAUUCGGGCGGACGGUGAGCAAAAGGAGCAGUCUGGAUGAGAAGCAGAAAAAGGAGGAAGAGGAGAAAAAAGCAGAGCUUGAGAGACAGAGGAAAAUACUAGAAGGCGGGGGCGGCCUGUUUUGCCGUAGAACCAUGCUUCAUUGCUGCCAUAUUAACAGUCGUCAACAGGAGAUCGAGGAGAAGCUGAUCGAAGAGGAGACGGCACGGAGGGUUGAAGAGUUGGUGGCCAAGCGGGUGGAGGAGGAGCUGGAGAAGCGGAAAGAUGAGAUUGAGCAUGAGGUUCUCCGGAGGGUGGAGGAGGCAAAGCGCAUCAUGGAGAAACAGUUGCUAGAGGAGCUGGAGCGACAGCGGCAAGCUGAGCUCUCAGCGCAGAAAGCUAGAGAGGAAGAAGAACGUGCAAAACGAGAGGAGCUGGAGAAAAUAUUGGAGGAAAAUAACCGCAAAAUUGCUGAUGCUCAGGCUAAACUGGCUGAAGAGCAAUUGAAAAUUGUUGAACAGCAAAGAAAAAUUCAUGAGGAAAGGAUGAAAUUAGAUCAAGAGAGGCAGCGUCAACAAAAAGAAGAGCAAAAAAUGAUCCUGGGCAAGGGGAAGUCCAGGCCAAAGCUGUCCUUCUCUCUAAAACCAACUGAAUAAACUGCAGCUUGUACUUUUUUUUUAUCUCUGUAUGGUAGCUUCAUGUUGAAGUGUUUUCUGGAAAGUCUGAAAAGUUGGCUUAUUAUACUGAUGUGGGCUGUGCUCAACAAUCUUUCUUAAUGAGAAGAGGCAUAUGAUUUUAACUGAAUUUCCACCAUCCUAAUGUUAAAAACAUUACAGAGAAAACGUUCUCCUUUGCCCAAUGCUUACCAUUGCAGUCUCCCGAAGUGGGUUCUUCAAGAGAUCAUGGUAAAGUGUGUACUAAUAAGUACAGCUCUUGAAAGGGUGAUUAGAGCAAGUUUCUUUUAUAUCUUUAAUAGACCCUAUGUGAUGUAAUGUUACGUAAGAUAAUGUGAGAAUUAAAUUGUAGAUGCCGUUCAUUUUUUUUUUUUGUCAGAAUGGGUACAAUGCCCCAAAGUAUUACUGUAUCUGUAUUAAGUACAUUGUAAAAAUCCAAUGACGCUUUCAGCAUAUUGGUUCUAAGGCAAUCCUGAUACAGGUAAGGAAAUGAUUGUUGCAUGUUUGGGGGUUAGUUGGGCAGGGGGGUGGGAAUAAUUUGUGUUUGCUAAGACUUUGGUAUUUUGCCCCAUUCUGGAAAUACGUACAAUUGACAAAUAAAAGUUGAAUGCAUCUUUC